UAAGUCAAUCAUUGUCAUUGAAAUUAUUUCUGUAUCAAAUGCGAAUACAUUAUUUAGUAUUUCUUUUGGUGAUCUCGUAUGAAUCAUUCCAACUGAACACCACCACUGGGAAAAGUAGCACAUAUGAGAAUUCUACCGAAGCUUUACUUGAUCAAACUCCUGAAGGCGGGAUAUUUAAAGAAUGUUAUGACGAACUAGGGUGUCUUGAGGCAGACCAGAGUUGGUUCCACAACCAAUAUCGUCCAGUCAAUCUGAAACCCUCUAAACGUGAAAUUGUUAAGACCCAGUUCGUUUUUAUUCGCAAGAAUCUUUGCUCCGAUGAGGUUACUUUUGAUUUGGAUUUCAAAGUUGUGACCACCACCAAGGAAUCCUUAAAAAGUGCCAAGUUCAAAAACGGCGUUUUCCUGUUCAUCCUGAUCCACGAUUUCACCAGUAACGGUUACACCGGCUGGAUCAAACACAUCUCCAACGUCCUUAAAUUACGCACGAAAAAGUGCAACAUCAUAUCGGUGGACUGGGGUGCCGGGGCACAACCGCCUUUCGACCAAGCCGUCGCUAAUGCACGUCUAGUUGCUCUGGAAAUCGUACAUUUUCUUAAAUUUCUAAGGAAACACAAUGACAUAGUGAUGGACGAGGUUCACUUGAUAGGGCAUGGCCUUGGGGCCCAUAUAGCCGGAUAUGUUGGCAAAGAUCAUCAGGCCAGGAAAAUUACAGUCUUCACAGGUUUAGAUCCAACCGGUCCAAGGUUCUCAGGCAUGCCAAUCCACGUUAAACUAGACGCCACCGAUGCCAAGUACGUUGAAAUCUUACAUACCGAUGCGAUGGACUAUAAUUCUCAGGGUACCAGGGAGUUGGAAGGCCAUGCAGACUUCUUCAUAAACAACGCAAACAUACAGCCUGGAUGUGGUGAGGCCCAAUCCAAAUAUGACCUUUUGUCAAUAACCAGGGGGAUGUUGAAAGAAGGAGAGAUCAUGCCGGGGUGUAGUCACAAAAGGGCUUUUAAGUACUACAUCGAAUCCUUGGAAGUUGAGGAUUGUACUUUCUUGGGGAUUAAGUGCCAGAGCUAUUCGGAUUUCAAGCAGGGAAAAUGUACCAGUUGUGGCAAAAAGGGGCGAGACUGUCGGACCUUCGGACUGGUUACUUACCCUACUGAAAACCGAGGAUCGUACUUUUUGCAAACUGAUGAAAGUCGGCCCUUUUGCCUGUUUCAAUAUCGUAUCACUAUCGUGCUGCAAAAGUCCAAAUCCAGCUAUUAUGGCUUUUUCGAGUUUAUAAUGAUAGACAAGUAUCAUACUGUAACCAAGUCAGCCAUGGCGGAAGCCAGGCAAUUUCAAGAUGGAGUCAAUAGUUUCGUUUUCUAUGCCAAAGCACCCGAAAUGAUGAAGAUCAAAGAGGUGAAAAUCGGUUGGAAGGAGAAGACGAUACGGUUUUGCUUGUUCCGUUGCUACUGGUGGGUUAACGUGAAAAAAGUGUCGUUGCGGAGUUUGAAUAGUAACAAAAAGAAUUGGAAAGAAAUGGACUUUUGCCCCAAAAGCGGUUUCUCGAUCAGAAGUGGCGAGUAUAUCGAGUUUGUCGCUUGCUAACCCCCCCAAACAAGAAAAAAUCACACAACAAACUUUAUUAGGCGUGUACGCUAAUUUAUUUUACAUAAUAAACCCAUAAAAUAAUUUACAAUAUUCAUAUUAUAUUUAAUUUAACAGGGACUUCGUUUCGUACACUUCAAUGAUUAUUAUUAUUAUUAUAAGUUUUCUUUAUAUUAUUAUAUAAGGUAUUUUUGAAGUAUAUAAACAAUUGAUUAUACUAACAGUUAGCGAUCAUAUUUACCAGUAAGUACGUACAUCCUAAGCAGUAUGUUUAGCAUGGAACUUAAUACUGAAUGUGCGAUUAUUGUUAAAUUAUAGAAAAUUAUAUAGUGCCUGUAUUUAAUUUGUCUAUUUAAAAUAUAUCAUGUAUUGUCUAUGUA